AUGCACAACAGCCACCAUAACAUACAAGCCUACACCGCGGAAGGGAACGCAGAGACAGGAGCAGCCAUGCACGGCAAAACCUCCUCAGAGCGCAAAACCUGUAACAAAGUCUCCACAAUCCAAAGAUCGCUCACCUCGUCCGAGGCCAUCCGAGGCAAGACCAUGAAGCACCGACCACACGGACGGAAAAGCAGCUAUGACAAGCGGAGAUUGCCACGCACUCUUCUCGCCCACCCCCUGCAGGGGACAGACUUGGUCCCUCGACGAACCCAAGUCAGUGGUACAUGCAGGCCUGGGGCCGAGGAAGCACCAUGCUCUGGAACACCACAUACCCAAGCGGAGAAACAGCUAUGCCACCUAAAGGAAUUGGCUGAACUUUCUUUAGGGACUACCAUAUAA